CAAUAACUGUCAAUCUGUGGCGAGACGAGUAAUCUUUGACAAAGGAAUAUGGCUGCCCUGUAUAAGAAGUGUUUACGUACCAUCGUGGUGUUUUUCUCUGUUCUGUUUGGAACUUUGGCACAACAGGACAACUUCCUCCAGUGCCCGAAAGAUUGGAGUCGAUAUGGAAUUCACUGUUAUCGUUUUUUCAAUAUAAGACAUUCGUGGAACACAGCUGCGGAAGUCUGCCGCCGGUACGGUAGUGAGUUGGUUCUAAUUACUGAGUAUGGCCAGAACAACUUUUCCAGCUCCUUGGCUGCUUCAGGCCUUAGAAAUAUGGGCCAGGUUGCCUACUGGAUAGGCUUGAAAACCGUUGAUGACCUGUCUACGAACACAUUAGAAUCAGCUGGAAGUGAUUUCCUGCCGAAAUACGUGGGAUUUUGGUCAUGGAACCAACCAAGACCUCAAGAAGGACAAUGUGUACUUGCUCACUUGAUAGAAAAUACACAAAGUUGGCAGUUAGCACCGUGCGAAGCAUUACUUCCGUUUAUGUGUCAAGUGAAAUCUUGCCCAAAAGAAUCUUUUGCCUGCAGUAAUGGACAGUGUAUUAGUAGUAACUGGCAAUGUGAUGGUGAAGACGACUGUGGAGAUCAAUCAGAUGAAACUGAUUGUCCAGACUCUUGCCAUUUCUAUCUUCAAAGUUCGGGUGGCUCAGUUCAAUCUCCAAAUUAUCCGAAUAAGUAUGGUUCUAAUUCAGACUGUAAAUGGACUCUUGAAGGACCAGUUGGAUCAGGAAUUGUCUUACAGUUUUCAGAUUUUGAAACAGAGGCAAAUUUUGAUACAGUUCAAAUCUUGGCUGGAGGGCGAACUGAAGAAUCAAGUGUCUCACUGAUUACUUUGUCAGGAAAAGAAAAUUUGAGCUCUCAACCUUUUGUAACAGGCUCUAAUCUCAUGAUUAUAAAAUUUAAAUCUGACUCUUCUGUUGAGAGGAAGGGUUUUCGUGCUAGUUGGAAAACAGAACCAAUCAACUGUGGAGGUGCCUUGUUUGCUCAAUCAAAUCCUCAGCUGCUCACAUCACCACAGUAUCCAGACCCAUAUCCUGGUGGCUUGGAAUGUGUCUACCUUAUCACUGCACCCCAAGGCCAAAUUAUAACAUUAGAGGUUGUUGAAAUGGAUUUGGAGCCUAAUAAGGAUUACAUUCUUGUUCGGGAUGGAGCAAUGCCAUCUGAUCCUCUGCUGUCAAAAUUGUCUGGAACUUCAAGUAGUGUUCCUCGAUUUACAAUGUCAACAUCUAAUAAAAUAUAUCUUUAUCUUCAUACCAGUUUUGGAGAUAACAGGAAAGGUUUUGCCAUUAGGUAUAGAUCAGGAUGUGAAGUUGAAAUGGUAGCAUCAUCUGGAAACAUAUCGUCCCCUGCAUUUGGUGUAGUGAAUUAUCCAAGUAAUCAGGUUUGCAGAUACAGAGUGACAAGACCGGAAGGUGGAUCAAUAUCUUUAAAGUUCACUGAAUUUGAUGUCAUUGAAGAUGACUAUGUGGAGGUGUUUGAUGGGACAAGUGCAGAACAAGGUGUUAAACUUCAUCCAGCUAGUGGCUUUUCUGGUAGAGCUCUACCUACUUUAACUCUAACAGCAAGCUCAGGUCACAUGACCCUGUUUUUCAAGAGUAACCCUCUACACACAGCUUCAGGAUGGAAAGCUAGUUUCAGUGCUGACUGUCCACAUUUGGCAGUUGGAGAAGGAGCUUUAGCAUCAACUAGAGACACAGCCUUUGGUACAAAAGUAACUUUCACUUGCCCUAUUGGCCACGAAUUCGACAAUGGGGAGGCAAAAAUUGAGACUCGGUGUAUGCAGGGUGGUCACUGGAGUACAGGGCCUAUUCCAGGCUGUCAAGAACGUUAUUGUGGUUCUGUACCCCAGAUUGAUAAUGGAUUUGCUGUAGGAGCUACAAAUGUGACUUACAGAGGUCAAGCUACUUACCAGUGCUAUGCUGGCUUUGCAUUCCCAAGUGGUAAACCUACAGAGAGAAUCCACUGUGCAGAAGAUGGUCAGUGGAGAAAUCUACCAGUUUGCCUUGCUUCUUCUUGUCCACCUUUACCUGAGACUCCUCACACCUCUCAGUUGGUUCUUGAUGGUGGUGGUCGUAGCUAUGGUACUGUGAUUCGCUUCAGUUGUGAGCCAGGCUACCGAAUUAUCGGAGUUCCUGUUAUUGUAUGUGCAACCAAUGGCCAAUGGUCAGCUCCACCCCCAAAAUGUGAACGUGUGCAGUGCCACAUACUCCCAAACAUCAAGAAUGGAUUUGUUGUAGAACCACAAAAGAAUUAUUUUUAUGGUGAUGAAGCGAGAGUUCAAUGUCAUCGAGGGUAUAAACUUCAAGGAAGCACAGUCAUUACCUGUGGGACUAAUGAGACUUUUAUUAGCUUACCUAAAUGUGAAGAUGUUGAUGAAUGUUCAGAUACUUCUUGUGACUCAGCAUCUACUGUUUGUACCAACACUGCUGGAGGAUUUUUCUGCAAAUGUAAAGAAGGAUUUGACCCAAACCUGGACUGUCGGCCAGUUGGAGAUCUUGGUCUAAGUAGUGGAACGAUUCCACUCGACAGCAUUCGAUCUUCGGGUACUGAAGCUCGAUACAACAAUGAUGGUGUACGACUAGAUAGUCCUGUUGGCUGGUGUGGUAAUGUUCCUAGAGAAGGCGAAAACUGGAUUCAAGUUGAUCUUCAAGCUCCAACUGUUGUGCGAGGCUUUCGCACAAAAACAGUUCUUCGUCAUGAUGGAUCUCAAGCUUUCCCUCUUACUGUUACACUGCAGUAUACUAAUGAUUUGACAGAUAUAUUCAGGGAUUACAGUAACUCUGAAGACCAGCCAGCACAUUUUCGAUUGAAUGGUAAUGGAGGUUCAGGUGUGUCUGUUGUAAACCUUCCACUCCCAUUGGAAGCACGAUAUAUUCGUAUAGUUGUCAUGGAAUAUGUAACAGCUCCUUGUUUGCAGCUUGAAUUAAUGGGCUGCUCACGACAGGAAUGCUUAGAUAGAAAUGAGUGUUCAAGGAACAAUGGUGGGUGUGAUCAACAGUGUGUCAAUAAACCUGGCAAUUUCAGCUGUUUAUGUAAUACUGGCUAUGAACUUUACUCUAAAAAUGGUACUGCUGGUUUCUAUAUUCCACACAGUGAAACUGGGCUCAAGGAUAGAGAUGUUUAUACGAUAAACAAGACCUGUGUUCCCAAAAUGUGUCCAACUUUGACAAAUCCAGAUAAUGGGUUACUGUUGACAACCAAAUCUGUAUUUCAUUUUGGUGACAUUGUUAGCUUUCAUUGUAACUUUGGGUAUGUACUGGAAGGAAGCUCUACUCUUCUCUGUACCAGUAGUGGUGCUUGGAAUGGAACAGCUCCAUUGUGCAAUUACGCUCAAUGUACUGCACUAGCAGAUGACCCAGAACAAGGGCUAGACAUAAAAAUCAAAGAAAACACAAGCUUUGUGCCUUUCUUAGAAAAUGUUACCAUUUCUUGUGGUGAAGUUGGUAGGCCAUUGCAUGGCUCAGCUACAGCAAACUUUAGACAGUGUGUUUAUGACCCUCAAGAAGGUAGUUCAGACUAUUGGCUUUCAGGAUCCCCACCAACUUGUCCAAGAAUUAAUUGUGGUCAUCCACCAAAUACAACUGGUGCUGCAUAUGGGUUUUAUGUUGACACUCGUUAUCGUGCUAGUUUUUACUUUGGUUGUGAGGAAACAUUUUCACUGGCUGGUAAAACAAACAUGAAUGACAAUGUGAUCAGAUGUCAGGAGGAUGGUACAUGGGAUUUUGGAGACAUUCGCUGUGAAGGACCAGUAUGUUUGGAUCCAGGCAGGCCACCUGAUGGAAUGCAGAAAGCAGUAAGCUAUGAACAAGGCUCACAUGUAACCUUCUCCUGUGACAGACCAGGCUAUGUACCUUAUGAUACAAAACCUAUAACAUGUGUAAAAGGUGCUGAUUGUAAGGUUAUAAAACCUUUGGGAAUUGCUUCUGGAUCAACACUCAACUUUGCUAUCAAUGCCACUUCACAGAGGAGCAAUUAUGAAGUGACAAAUGUCUACCUUGAUAGUGCUACUGGAUGGUGUGGGCAAAAAGAACCUUUUACUUACGUCACUGUUGAUUUAGGAAAAAUUUACCGUAUAACAUCUAUACUAGUCAAAGGCAUUGUUACCAAUGACGUUGUUGGCCGACCAACUGAACUGCGUUUCUUUUACAAAGUGCAAGAGUCUGAAAAUUUUAUUGUCUACUUUCCAAAUUUCAAUAUAACAAGUAAAAAUCCAGAGAAUUAUGGAGAACUGGCUGUUAGUCAUUUACCACUGAGUGUUAGAGCUCGUUAUGUAAUACUAGGGAUUGUUUCUUACCAUAAAAAUCCAUGUUUGAAGUUUGACCUAAUGGGAUGUGAAGACACAAAUGAGGAAGUAUUGCUGGGCUAUGAUCAUGGGUAUCCACUUUGUGUUGAUAAGGAGCCACCACGGUUUACUAACUGUCCUACAAAUCCAAUUGUUGUAUCUAGAUCUCUAACUGGUUUACAGCCUGUUAAUUACACUAUUCCUAUUGCUGUGGACAAUUCUGGCCACAUUGCCCGAAUUGAAGUAAACCCUGUAGGCUUUAAACCACCUAUUAUGACAUUUAAAGACACAACUAUACAGUACACAGCUUAUGACUUUAAUGGAAACGUUGCUUUUUGCAGUGUUAAUAUCACAGUACCUGAUAAUACACCACCUAAACUGAAGUGCCCACAAUCCUAUGUUGUGGAAUUAAUAGAAAAGCAAGACAGCUAUAAGGUGAACUUUAAUGAAACCAGACAGCUUAUUAAUACCACUGAUAAAUCGGGGCCUGUUUCAAUCAACCUUUCACCAGAUUCAGCUGAUAUACCUAUUGGAAGUUACAGAAAUGUCACUGUGACUGCUACUGAUAGGUUUGGAAAUCAAGCCACAUGUCACUUUCAAGUUUCUGUACAGGCUUCUGCCUGUGUUUCCUGGUCACUUCUACCUCCAUCUAAUGGCGUUGUAAAUUGUUUGCCAAAUGAAGCUAACAAUGGCUUUGGUUGUGUGGCUACGUGCAAUGAGGGAUUCAGAUUUACAGAUGGAGAUCAAGCAAAGACAUACGAAUGUGCUAACAAACAGCACUGGAGUCCCAGUAGUAUCAUUCCUGAUUGUGUUCCUGAAGAUAUUGACCAGGCUUUCUACGAUGUGGUUGCUGAAGUUAACUAUCGACCAGGAGGUGCAAUAUCCCAGCGUUGUCUUAGCCAGUAUGUUAGUUAUGUGUCUACCUACUAUACUUCUUUGAACCAAGCUCUUUCUCAACGCUGUUCUGCCAUCAAUGUUCAAAUGAAUAUUUCCUUCCAAAAUACUACAAUACAGACCAAAACUGAAAAUCAGCUUGCUAUAACCUACACAUUAAGGAUUGAUCCUAUGGUCCACCAAUCACUUCUCUAUAAUCUCUGUGGCUCUACGCUAGGACUUAUUUUUGACUUGAGUGUUCCCAGUACUUCAACAGUCAUUGAGUCAAUCCUUACCAUUAAUGCUCAGAGUGUUGGUGGACAGUGUCCUGGUCUCCAGGCAACUCAGUCUACUGUGACACAAGGCUUUUUAUGUGAUAAAGGUGAAGUGCUGAAUGAUGGCAAAGAUGGAAAAAUCCCACGUUGUUUACAUUGUCCUGCUGGAACUUAUGCUUCUGAUAAAAUGUGCAAGUUCUGUCCAAGAGGCUAUUACCAAGAUAUCACACGUCAAAGUAGCUGUAAGCAGUGUCCUGAUGGAACAUACACCCAAACAGAAGGAAGCAAAAGUCUCACUGAUUGUGUUUCUGCCUGUGGUUUUGGAUCUUACUCUCCAACUGGUCUUGUACCAUGCCUACAGUGUCCAAGUAAUACAUUUGCUGGUCUUCCACCACCUGACGGGUUCACUGAAUGUCAGCGUUGCCCUGGUAAUACCUUCACAUAUUCUCCUGGGGCUGCUUCAAACACAGAAUGUAAAGCACGUUGUCCUUCUGGUUCUUACUCUGAAACUGGUCUUGAGCCGUGUUCUCUAUGUCCAGCAAAUUUUUAUCAGCCAAAUGAAGGUGAAACAACAUGUUUGGAGUGUGAUGCCAAUCAGCAAACUGUGAAAUCGGGUGCCUUGAGCAGAGAAGCUUGUGUUCCAGUGUUAUGCAACAAUAAUGUUUGUCAAAAUGGAGGGAUAUGUCUUAUCAAGAACCACCAGCAAACCUGCUACUGCCCAGCAGGCUUCAGUGGUCAGUUCUGUGAAGUGGACAUGGAUGAAUGUAGUAGUGGACCUUGUUACAAUGGUGGUACCUGCAUUGAUAGACCUCAGGGCUUUAGGUGUCAAUGUCAACAAGGUUAUUCUGGAAGGCAGUGUCAAGUUGAGCAAAAUGAGUGUCGAAACACCACAUGUCCAGAACGAGCCAUGUGCCAGGACUUGCCAGGAAAGAACACAUUUAAAUGUCUGUGCCGAUCAGGUUAUGAAGGCCCUUCAUGUAAUGUAACAGUUAAUCCUUGUGUUGCAAAAGGAAAUCCAUGCAAUAAUGGCGCCACUUGUGUCCCUCUCCAGCAAGGUCGCUUCAAGUGUGAAUGUCCUCCUGGAUGGACAGGCACAUCCUGUGAACAGAAUAUUGAUGACUGUGCACAGAACCCAUGUCUGCUUGGUGCUAAUUGCACUGAUCUAGUGAAUGAUUUCCACUGUGACUGCCCACCAGGAUUUAAUGGUAAACGGUGUCAUCUGAAAAAAGACACGUGUACCAGUAAACCUUGCAUCUAUGGUGUCUGUGUUGAUCGCUUAAUCAAUCAUGAAUGUAUUUGUAAUCCUGGCUGGACCGGUGAGAGCUGUAACAUAGAUAUUGAUGAUUGUAGAAGCAAUCCUUGCAGUAAUGGAGGACAAUGUGUUGACUUGGUUGAUGGUUUCCUUUGUCAAUGUGACACUGGCUUUACAGGUUCUAGAUGUCAACAUAAAAUUGAUGAAUGUGAGUCAUUACCAUGCCAAAAUGGUGGCACCUGUGUGGAUCUUUUAAAUGGAUUUAUCUGUCAGUGUCGACCCGGCUAUGUGGGGCUACAGUGUGAAGCAGAAGUCGAUGAAUGUGUGAGCAGUCCUUGUAAUCCAGCAGGAACUGAUACUUGUAUUGACUUGGACAACAUGUUCCAAUGUAUCUGUAAUCCAGGUUAUACAGGUGAAAACUGUGAGAUCAAUAUAAAUGAAUGUGCCAGCAGUCCUUGUCGAAAUGAUGGAAUCUGUAUAGAUUCCGUGAAUGGGUUUAAGUGUCAGUGUUCAUCAGGCUGGUCAGGAGACAGAUGUGAGAUAGACAUUGGAGGAUGUGACAUUCAUCCAUGUUUAAAUGAUGCCAGAUGUAUAGAUCUCUUUCAAGAUUACUUCUGUGUAUGUCCAUCUGGAACUGAUGGCAAACAAUGCCAGACAUCUCCUAAUAGGUGUAUUGGUAACCCAUGCAUGAAUGAUGGAAUUUGUAAGGAUUAUGGAAGUGGACUUAACUGUUCCUGUCCAGCUAAAUUUUCUGGAAUUGGCUGUCAGUAUGAAUAUAACGCCUGUGUUGACCAUGUGUGCCAGAAUGGUGCUUCGUGUGAAAAUGUAGGGGAAGACUAUAGGUGUAUCUGUCCACCUGGCUUCACUGGACGUCACUGUAAUGAAGACAUUCCAGACUGUACCUCCACUUCUUGUUCUCCAACAGCAACUUGCAUCGAUUUGACUAAUGGGUUCUACUGUAAAUGUCCCUUUAACUUAACUGGUGAAGACUGCCGUAAAACAAUCAACAUUGACUAUGAUCUGUACAUAAAUGAUGAUAGCCGGUCAUCCAGUGUAGCUCUGGCUACUCCCUUUGAAUUAGGCUCCAACAGCUUAACUGUAGCUUUUUGGGUUCAGUACAACAAGCCAGAAGACUUAGGAACAGUUUUUACACUCUACAGCGUUGCCUCUCCUCAUCUUCCAGUUGAUAAGAAGGUUCUAAUUCAGGUUGAUGAGUCAGGGGUAUUUGUUUCUCUCUUCCCUAAUAUGAACACCAGUGUGUUCAUUCCUUAUUUGAAGAAUGUACCAAUCAAUGAUGGUCAGUGGCAUCACAUAGUGUUGAUUUGGGAUGGCAAGAAAAAGACAGUAACUCUCAUUACUGACACAGCUGUAGCUCAAUCAGUUCCAGAAUAUAUUAAUGACAAACUUCUUAGGAAUGUCACUCUGCCUCAAUAUGGCUGGAUUACUCUUGGUGCACCCAUGAAUGAGAAGAAUAAGGCAAUAGUGCAGAAGGGAUUCCAUGGUCGCAUUAGUCGUGUAAACAUCUGGGGUAGACCUUUGGACAUGACAUCAGAAAUACCUUCUCAGUUCCGUAGCUGCAAGAAUGCUGCUGUAAUUUUUGAUGGAUUGCAUUUAAGAUGGACUGGCUAUGACUGGGUGGAUGGAACAGUUGAAAGAGAGGAACCAGGCAUGUGUGGAGAGAGGAUCUGCCCCACUGGUUUGGGUGGAAAAAGCUGUCAUGUGAUAGAAAAAGAUAAGGUGCCACCAGUUGUAACUUACUGUCCACCAGAUAUGUGGGUGAUCACGCAGAAUAUGACAGCAGUAAUCAAUUGGAAGGUUCCUCAAUUCUCGGACAACCUUCACUCUAUCAGAGUGAUAGAGCAUAAUGGGUUACAGCCUGGGCAAACACUUUUGCGUGGAGUUUAUAACUUGGCAUAUGUGGCUACUGACGAAGCUGGUAAUACAGCCCAGUGUGACUUUCAUAUUCAUGUCCUUAGUGAAUUCUGUCCAGUUCCUCUACCUCCAGUCGGUGGUCAGCGUCAUUGUUCUGACUGGGGACCUAAUGGCAGCUUUAAAGCAUGUAAGAUUUCCUGUGAUGAGGGACUAGAGUUUUCUCAGCCGGUGGCAGACUUUUAUACUUGUGGUGCAGAAGGAUUCUGGAGACCAACCUCUGACCUUGGCACCCAUUUCAUUUUCCCAGCUUGUGCACCAAAAAGUCCAGCCCAAAGAAUCUUCAGAGUAGCCCUAACCUUCCCAACAACUGUGGUAUGCUCGGAGUCUGGAAAGAAAAUCUUGCGAGGUCGGGUAAUUGAUAGCUUGCUUCAGAUGAAUCGAGACUGGCAUGUGUGUACUGAUGCCUCACCAGGAGUCUGCAGCAACUUGAUGGUCAAUGUUGUAUGUAAUAAACGUGGAAGAGUUUCCAGGCAGAUUAAUGAUGACGAAAUUUAUAUAGUUGAAAUUGCUUUCCCAGCUGAAAAUGAUCCUGUAACCAACGUAAAAACUCAAGAAAAAUCCAGCGUCAAGAAAGUCGUAGAGAUGACUAUCUUGCAGGAUUCUGCUUUUGAUGUUAGAAAUACUCUCCCUAAUGUUAAACCUGACCUGACCUCAUUGACCAUGGUCACAGAGUAUGCCUGCCCCCUGGGUAAGGUAGUUGUACCACCUAACUGUGUUGACUGCAGCCAAGGCACAUACUAUAAUAAUGCCACCUUGUCCUGCCUUUCUUGUCCUAUUGGAACUUACCAAAAUGAGAUUGGCCAACUUUUUUGCAAGUCUUGUCCUAAGAUUGCUGGGCAGCAAGGAGUGACAGCAUCAACUGGUGCACGAUCAUCUAAUGAAUGCAAAGAACGCUGUUCUGCUGGCAAGUAUUAUGAUGAAACUGUUGGGUUAUGUCGACCUUGUGGAUACGGUCUCUACCAGCCUCAGGAAGGAUCCUUCAACUGUAUUCCAUGUGGUCCCAGUCUUACUACACGCAGUAGUACAGCAGUAUCUCAAGCGGAAUGCCGGGGUGAAUGUUCUGCCGGUUUGCAGCUUUCUAGCAGUUUAAAUUGUGAGCCGUGCCCACAAGGGUUUUAUCGAACACUGGGUAUGGCAGCGUGUGAACAAUGUCCUCGUGGUAGAACAACAGCUUCUGUGGGAUCAACCAACCGCAGUGACUGUUCUCUUGAGGUUUGCAAUCCAGGUCAUUUCCUCAACACUACUCUUAAUCGCUGCAUAGCUUGUCCCAAGGGUACUUACCAAGACAAAGAGCAGCGAGAUUUUUCUUGUCAACCUUGUCCAUCAGACACAACUACUGAUGGAUCUGGAGCAACCAGUGAACAAGCUUGUUUUAACCCAUGUUUCGUAGAUGGCCCGAUGAGACCUUGUCAGGCGAAUGCUUUCUGUGUUUUCCGACAAGAGACUGACACUUAUUCUUGUGAAUGUAUACCUAAUUACAGGUUGAAUAAAGAAACUGGUGAAUGUAUCAAUAUUUGUGACAACUAUUGUGAUAAUGGUGGAACAUGUGUAGCAAUACCAGAAUCCAAUGAGCCAAAGUGUGAAUGCUUGACAAACUUUUAUGGAGACAAAUGUGAGAAGAAGUCAGAUUUUGUGUACAUUGCAGGAGGCAUUGCUGGAGCAGUAAUUUUCAUUAUUCUUCUUGUUCUAUUUGUAUGGAUGAUCUGUGUCAGAUCUUCAUGGAAGAGAAAAUCCAAGAAAGUACCUCCUCCUCAACCUCCCAUGGACUUCACUGGCUCACAAACUAACAUUUUAUAUGGUGCUCCUGCUCCAUAUGCUGAGAGUAUAGCCCCAUCCCACCAUAGUACAUAUGCUCACUACUACGACGAUGAUGACGAUGGCUGGGAAAUGCCCAACUUCUAUAAUGAAACUUAUAUGAAAGAGGGUCUUCAUAAUGGCAAAACCAAUAGUCUAGCCCGAAGCAAUGCAAGCUUAUAUGGAACGAAAGAUGACUUGUAUGAUAGAUUACGAAGACACCAGUAUCAAGGAAAAAAAGGAGACACAAGUGACAGUGAAGACCAGGGUCAAUUAUAACAAUGUGGCUAAUAAUGGAAAAGACAAUGCUCAAGACUUUCCCUUCUUGAUAUCUGAGUCUUCCUUUGAAGUCUGUUUAUGUAGAUGAAGAAUAAGAAUUAUCCAAAAGCAAAACAAAAACAAAUGUUUAUAGAGUAAUAAACAGAAUCUUUAUGGUAAUAUUGAACAUUAUUUCAUCACUGUAUUUAUGGGUGUUAAUUUUAUACCAGACAAUUAGUUUUCUAUUAAGUAUAUACAUAUGUGUGUGGUAGAAUAAGUUGAGCAUUUUAUUUUCUUAAUUGUGGUUGAAUUUGAAUUUUGUAAGAUAUACACAACAAAUGUGAAAGUCCUGACUUUUAUUCAAGAAAAUAUUUUACACUACAGUGUUGUGGUAUUUGUAGCUUGUGAUUAUUUUAAUUGACUUUAUCAACUUUAAAAAUUAUCAGGUUGAUGUUGUGUAUAUGAAAUAAAACUUUGUAUAUGUAUCUUUACAAGUAUGCUGGCACUGUUGUUGCUCAUCUGUUAAAAAGUGAUAUGGUGAUUAUUUUAGUGGAAAAGUUUUUAAAAAAUUUGAAUUGCAGAAAAUGUUAUCAGUUUUUGCUCAUAUCAGUUAUAAAUUCUUAAAAUUGUGUGUUUAAGCACCAGUCGAAAGCGAAAAUGUAUAUUACAUGGUUUCGAGCACAGGAGCUACCUCAGGAAGGGCUAUUACUGAACAUUGUAAUUAGUUUUUUGACUUGUGUUUAAACAGUUAUUAAUUUAAAAAAUUAAUAUCAUUUUUUUUUAUCAAUCUGUAAUCUUUUAGGUCUUUUACAAUAUGGACUUUGCUUUUUUUUCACAAAAUACCAAGUUAAUCUAAAUAAAAAAGCAUAAUAAUAAACCACAAUCUAUCAAAGUAGUGUUUUGCGUUAAAUCUUUAUCAGGAUUUUACUGUUUUCCUGGAACUUUUUGUUAAAAAAGUAAAUAUGUUUUCAUCAUUGAAUAAUAUGAGGUUUAUUUUUCCUGGAACUGAAUUUUUGUGUUCAACUCCAAUUUGUCCUCUGGAAAUUUGCGUGUUACAUCAUUAUAAACGCCAUCUUUCAGGGUGCUUGCAUUAUAUAGAUUGUUAGGUCACUUAGAAAAAUAGUUAACAUUUUUGUUAUCAUGUUUAAUUUAUUUAAAACGAUCACAAGAUGGCGACAUGGUGUUCUGUCAAGUUUCAAGACGACGAAGUAACUUUCUGGGUAUAAACUUACUUUUACAAGUACACGUAGGCGGGAUUUGGGAUAUGAGAGGGAAAUAAUUAUCUCCUCCCCAUCUUGUAAUAACCAUAACCAGGAAGUGAAGCUUUAUUUAUCAUAAUACAUUUUAUCUUUGUGCUAAAACGUUUCGUAUCCAAAAUCUUGCAUAUUCAUGUACAGUAUAAUUCACAAACAAAUUUCUAGUAAGAUUCAAUAUUGAUUUGUUUUAACUAAUCAAAAUGUUGUCGUUUGGAUUAUAUAGAUGCUUUUAGCAAACUUUUGUUCUUUUGUGUUAAAUAAAAUAUUUUAUGAGAAUCGA